AGUAACGAAUUUUUCCGCUUCUAACUUUUUUUUGACUUUUUCGUCUGCUUUUGGGGCACGAUUUAAUUUUUGAACUUUCGGCUAAAUUAUGCGCAGAACUUAUUCUUUAGAAUUAAUUGCGAAAAAUCCGAUCACAAAACGUCUUUCGUUCCGAUCGCUGCGUGAUGUGCGCAGAUUCAGAGCAUCGGCCAGUACAUUCAGCACAAGGAGUCUAAAGGUCGAACAACCCGUUCAAUGUUUCAACUACAAAGUGAAGCUCAAAAUACUGGCCGUGCACAUGGCGAUCAAGAAGCUAAUGAACAGGAUAAUGUUCAUAGAGGAUUUGGAGCGUAACAAAUUGGGCAAAUUCAUACAUGUGCAAUGUCCGGAACAGAUCUUAAGUUGGAAGUACGAAGACUGGUUGGAUACGGAGUCACACAGAUUGCUGUGGUUCAAAGUCAUCGACCGCCAGAUGUCACCUAGGCAAUUUACAAUAUGGAUGAAGCUAAAGAACUAUGCGGCUAUACGGAAUUGCCUCUACGAUUUGGGCGAUUGUUAUGUGAACAAAAACCAGUUUAUAAUGCCAAUGGAUGUUAUGGCGUCUAUUGCGAAAUUUCAUAACUUUGAGGCAGAAAUUUCAAAACAAGUGCAACUGAAUGAGGCAAAGUCUGACGGAGUGCGCCUCCAACUCAUCGCGGUGGCUUUUAUUAAAAGAACCAUGGGCUCAUUAACCAAAAAGCCGGAGGAUCUCUUUUUAAUUUCCAAUAUAGAGAACAAUUAUGUGCUGCGUUUCCACAAAGUGAGGGAGGAGCAGGCCGAAAUGCGCAUACAAAUGACCGAGAAGCGGCUAAAGAAGGAAAUCCAGAAAGCCAAGAAACGUUUUUAUGAAGAACAGUUUGCCACAACCUGCACCACGGACACUUACUUCAAUCAGAUAGAGAAUUUGCGCCAACGCAUAGCGAAGUUAACGCUACAUUAUGACAGCGAAUACUCGCGGUUAGAUGGAAACAUAAAUUAUUUGAAAACAGCUAUUGAGAAACUCCAAACAAAUCGCUCGUACUUGGUGGAACAGAUCGCAUGGUUUAAAGAUAGCUUGCGCCUUUCCGAUGAAGGCAUAACUCCACCCAAACGAGCAAGUACGCCCAAACCCUUAAAAAACCUGCAUUUCCACAAAGAACGGAAACUGACACUGCUGCGACCCCAGCGGAGUCUCAUGUCCAUAAAUUCACAGACGAGAAGAUCUCUGCGUCCUAGAACCAGGCCAAGAAGAGAGCCCUCAUUCUUAAUAGGUACAGAAAAUCUAGAGUAAAAUUGAAAGUAUA